AUGAAAAACAACAACUUCAAUGAAAUAACUACUAUUCCUGAGCCUAGAAUACAAAAUCCUUCCGCAAAUGAAACAAUUGUCGACAUACAAAGCAAAUUACAUCAACUUGUGGCAAAGAAACAUCAAAAAAACAAUUCUGAUCCAAAACUGGAUACUUCCAGUUUUAAAUCUAAUUCUGCUCCAAACUUGCCAAUACACCGAAGUUCUACAAUAACUCAUAUACAAACUUCGUCACAACGACAAUCAAAAGGAUCAUUACGAAGUGGACAUUCCAGUUUAUCUCUUUCUUCAGGAUCUAAUAAUAGUGAACAUUCAACUUCUAGGCAUAACACUUCAAGAAAGAAUAGUAUUCAAGGCAACCCUUUGGGUUGGAACGUGGAACAAAAUGAUAUCACGGGUGAUAUCCUUCUUGGUUUAGACUUGGAUUCUCUCAAAGAAUUAAAUAUUAUGUCGUAUGGUAAAAGAAUUCACAUAAUGAAUGCUAUUAAUGCUCUUAAAUGUUCAUCGACCUUGAAUAAAGAUCAAGGAAAUGUAGAGCCAUUACAGCUACAUCCGAUUAUGGAAUCAACACCAAUUACGCAACUGAAUUCAGUUGACAUAUCUGAUAAAGUUGACACAAAAGAUGAAGCUUCACUAGUAAACAGUAAUGGGAAUUCCAAUUUACCACAACAGACAGAUCAUAUUGAUGAAAAAGUUCAGGUAUUAUUUUCAGAAAAAUUAAUAAAUGAAUUAAAUCAGAUAAAUCGAUUAGAUUCUGUUAAGGAAAGUACUGGUGAGGAAGACGAAGAGAUACUUAAAGAUAUUGGAACACCUGAUUAUGAAGGAUGGCUUAUGAAACAAGAUGAUAAAUAUAAAUCGUGGAAAAAUAGGUUUUGCGUUUUAAGAAAGCAAACUUUGUUUUAUUUUCAGAGCGAUAAGGGAAAAUAUGGAUUCAAAUUGGUUCAUGAUACUGAACGUGCUCACUACUUUGCUCAUGAAAAUUUGGGAAAAAUCAGGGAAUGGAUGAAAGCUAUUAUGAAAGCUACAAUAUCAAGAGAUCUAACAUCUCCGGUGUUUUCAUCAAGUGAUUUAAGCACCAUGUCACUUGCUGAAGCUCGAAAACUUGUACAUAAACAACCUAAAUCAACAAAUAAGAAUUCAGAACCUCCAGAAGGUUCUGAUUCACCAACAUUAGAACGAUCAUUGUCUCCAACUCUUUAUCCACCUUCAAACAAUUUUAAUAGGUCGAAUCCACAACAACCAUCUCCGAGAUGUAGGUCUGUUUCACCAUUACCUGAAAUACCUGAAACAUCAGGACAAUCAACAACCAUGACGUCUUCGAAAUCCAAAAUAUCAACUUUUAAAAAACUUGUAAAAAGUACUAGUUUUGAUAGUAUAACUGCUAGUUAUAUGUAG